AUGGCAUCCUCAACCGCCGGCUUUGAGCCAAUGCUGGCCAAUUCGAUGAGGGUGAUGAGAAACCUCACGGCCCUUGAAGAUCUCAUUACAGCAUGGCCAAUCCUCGAGCAGAAGAGUUCAUGCUCGCCUCCCACCUUGACCGACGCCGAACGUCGAAUAUUUCUCGAUCUUCCAGACCACGACCUUGAAACCAAAAACAUUCGUGCACUGACUGGCCUAUCCCGUUAG